UUGUGAACACAGACUUGUGACUUGUGGGGCUAUGAAGUAUGAACUGUUCAUUAUUUUGAAUUGACUUGUGAAUUUGAUUUGAAUUUUUGACUAUAUUUACUUGAUUAUUAAUAUUUUAUUAUUUAAUUCUCAUAAAUAUUAUUAAAAUUAAAUUAUCUACAGUGUUAAUAUUUAAAUACAGUAACCAUGAGAGUAACGACUAAAACAUUUAUACGCAAGACCAAACGCGGUAAUAUACUAAAAAUUGUUCGAGAGCACUAUCUUAGAGAUGAUAUUGGCUGUGGAUCACAGCUUUGCAAAAAAUGCAAGUUCAACUACGAUCCACCCCUUCAAAAUAAUCCUCAAAAUAGCAAUACGGUUUUCAAAGAUAUACAUUAUUUAUUAGUGGAUACAAAUGUGGUCUUACAUCAAAUUGAUGCUUUAGAAGAUGAUUCUUUGAAGAAUGUUAUCAUUUUGCAAACAGUUCUUGAAGAAGUAAAACAUCUUAGUCAUAGUGUAUAUAAACGACUUUUGGAUAUAAUGGGAAAUUAUUCGAGAUGUUUUUAUGUUUUUGUUAAUGUACAUCAUAAUGAUACAUAUGUUGAGCGUAUUCGAGGAGAAAGCCCUAAUGACUACAAUGAUCGUAUGAUAAGGGUAGCUACACAAUGGUAUAAUAAACAUUUAGGUGGUAAAAUUAAAGUAUUAUUGUUAUCUAGCGAUGCAGCUAGCAAAGCUAAAGCAAUUGAAGAGGGAAUACCGACAAUGUCCUUGGAAGAGUAUAUUGAAGGAUUAAAUAAUAUUAUAUUAGCUGACAAACUCUCAAAUAGGAGCUGUAUGGUUGAAGAGUCUAGUAAAGAACCAAUAUUUCCAGCACACAUGACUCCGGCUCAAAUACACCAAGGAAUUCGAUCCGGAAAUUUAAUGCAGGGAACAUUUUUUGCAUCGAGUGAUAACUUCCUUGAAGGAAACGUAUUUGUGGAAGGAUAUGAAAAAAAUAUAUUGGUUCAAGGAAGAGAAAAUCUAAACCGUGCUAUAAACGGUGAUAUUGUUGCAAUUCAGUUAUUACCUGAAAGUCAAUGGAGUGCUCCUGCAAAUUUAGUUAUUGAAGAUUAUGAUGAUCUUGAAAACAAUGAAACUGAUUUGAAUAAAACGGAAAAACCAAAAGAGAUAUUUCCAACUGGUCAAAUAAUUGGAAUUAUUCGUAAAAAGUGGCGUCAAUACUGUGGAAUCAUUCAACAUAGUCUAGUGGAAAAUGCAACUCGUCAUUUAUUUGUGCCAGCAGAAAAGAAAAUCCCGAAAAUUAGGAUAGAAACGAGACAGUAUGAGAAAUUAAAAGACCAGCGGGUAAUCGUAGCUAUUGAUUCAUGGCCUAGAACCUCAAGAUAUCCACUAGGUCAUUUUGUCAGAUCUUUAGGAAAAAUUGGAGAGAGAGAUGCAGAAAAUGAAGUAAUUUUAUUGGAACACGAUGUUCCUCAUAGUAAAUUUUCUGAUCAAGUUUUGGCAUGUUUACCAAAAGUACCUUGGUCAAUAACUGAUGCAGAUUUGGCAUAUAGAAAAGACUUUCGCGAUUUGGAUAUUUGUUCUGUGGAUCCUCCAGGUUGUACUGACAUUGAUGACGCAUUACACUGUAAACCUUUGGAAAAUGGCAAUUUUGAAGUAGGUGUACAUAUUGCUGAUGUAACACAUUUCAUCAAACCCGGAACAGCCAUAGAUCUUGAGGCUAGCCAACGAGCUACUACUGUAUACUUAACGGGUCGUCGUAUUGACAUGGUACCAGAACUAUUAAGUUCAAAUUUAUGUUCGUUACGUGGCGGUGAAGAACGUUUAGCAUUUUCUUGUGUCUGGGAAAUGACUUUAGAAGCAGAAAUUGUUAAAAGUAGUUUUACUAAGAGUGUAAUAAAAUCUAAAGCCGCCAUGACUUAUGAACAAGCACAGCUAAUUAUCGAUGAUCAGCAACAAGAUAAUUCAAUCGCUAAAGCUUUAAGACAACUCAAUAAAUUUGCUAAAAUAUUAAAGAAAAGGCGUCUAGAUGCUGGAGCUUUAGUAUUGGCAUCUCCAGAAAUUCGAUUCCUUGUAGACAGUGAGACAAGAGAUCCGUUAGAUGUUGAAAUCAAACAAAUUAAAGAAACUAAUUCAAUGGUUGAAGAAUUUAUGUUGUUAGCUAAUGUAGAAGUAGCUAAAAAAAUUUAUGAAGAUUUUCCAGAAUUUGCUGUUUUAAGACGUCACCCAAAGCCUCCACCUUCGAAUUUCGAAUCGUUAAUUAAAGCGGCAAAUUAUUUGGGAGUAGAACUAAAUGUUGACACUAGCAAAGAUUUGGCCAACUCUUUGGAUAUGGCUGUACAAACAGAUAACCCAUUUUUCAACACCAUGUUGCGUAUUCUUGCCACUAGAUGUAUGUUGCAAGCCGUUUACUUUACCAGUGGUACAAAGACAUUUGAUGAAUUUUUACAUUACGGGUUGGCUGCCCCAAUUUAUACACAUUUUACAUCCCCUAUCAGAAGAUAUGCGGAUAUACUUGUUCAUAGAUUGUUAGCUGUUUCUAUUGCAGCAGAAACAACCACGCCUGAAUUACUUGAUAAGAAAAAAAUUGAAGCGGUUUGUCAGAAUUUAAAUGUUCGAACCCGAAUGUCAGCAUAUGCCGAACGUGCUUCUGUUGCAUUAAAUACACACAUUUUCUUUCGGGGUAAAAUCAGAGAUGAAGAAGGUUACAUAUUAUAUGUCCGGAAAAAUGCUUUACAAAUACUUAUACCCAAGUAUGGUUUAGAAGGUACUCUUUUUUUGGCCCCUCGCAAAGGACAAGUUCAAACAGUAACGUUUGUUUACAACGAAGAGGAACAAACUCAAAGAUGUGGAGAUGUAGUUUUCCGAACAUUUGAUCCCGUUAGUGUUCAGUUAAGUCUUGAUAGCAGCAAUGUUCAACACGAAAGAAUUGUAUUAAAACUAGUUAAGCCUGAAAUACCAAAUUUUAGUGUGUUAUCAUCAAAUGCAGAUACUACUGAACUACAGUCAAAAACUCAUAGUUUGAGUGACCAAUCAACAGAACCCCAACCCAAAAGAGCAAAAAAUUAAUUAUGUUUAAUCAUUAUCGUCUUUGUUAUCAACUUGGUCAUCAUCACCAUCUUCAAUUAAAUCAAUAAAGUCUGAUGCUUUGGGUUCUAUGGUAACUACUUGUAUUGAAAUUGUAUGUUGGAAUAACUUAUCUAAAUGAUUGUUCUGAUUUUAUUUCCUUUACAAAAAAUAAAAA